GUUUCGUCACUUGUGUGUGGACUACUACUAAUAUUGGAUCCAUCGACUGCCCUUACGCACGACCGUUACGGCAAGGAAAAGUUGUCCCUGGCUUUUUCAAGCACAAUGCCCACGCUUCAUGGCGCUUAUCAUCUAUCACCAUGCCUUUAGCCUAUGUCCGCCUCGCCGAUGCUCCAAAGAAAGGGAAAUCGAUAAGGUCCGCCUUCGACAGCGAGAGCUUUGAUGCUGAGGGGACGAUCCAUGUGGAUGGCUUGGUGGGAUCCGCAACGAUCUCGCCGUCGGGCCGAGAUGUUGCUCUUGCAUCACCCGAAGGUCUUGCCAUCAUAGACCUCGACUCACCAUGGAGCCCCCCGCGCCGACUGAGCAGCCACGGGCUUCCGUGGCUUGUGGUUGACGUGCAGUGGUCCCCCUUUGCCGCACGCGACUACUGGGUUGCUUCCACGGCGAACCAUCGCUGUCUAGUGUGGAACCUGAACAAGCGAGACGACUCGUCAUCGGGCGCGAUAGAGCAUUCCCUCCAGGCCCAUAGUCGGGCCAUUACCGACAUCAACUUCUCUGCUCAUCACCCGGAUUCUCUCGCGACGUGUGCCGUUGACGGAUAUGUCUACUGUUGGGAUCUGCGAAGGCCGAGACAGCCCGUCCUGGCCUUUUGUGACUGGUUCGCUGGUGCUACGCAAGUCAAGUACAACCGUCAAGACCCCCACGUUCUAGCCUCCGCCCAUGACCGCUGGCUCCACAUAUGGGAUACCAGACGCGCUGCAGAACCUCUGAAGACCAUCGGUGCCCACAGGUCCAAGAUCUACGGCAUCGACUGGAACCGGACGAAGUCCACCUGUCUCGCUACGUGCUCUCUGGACAAGAGCAUCAAGUUCUGGGACUACGGCCAGGAUGAUGAGACGCCCCAGAGGGUUAUUCGCACCGACUUCCCAGUGUGGCGAGCGAGGCAUACUCCCUUUGGCCACGGGUUGUUAGCCAUGCCUCAAACGGAGCCAGGAAACUUGUACCUUUAUGACCAACGCUUCGAUGCCGAAACCCCCGUGGAUGGCACGGUGAAGCCUGUGGCCAUCUUCCCUGGCCAUGGCAACCACAAAGCCAAAGAAUUUCUCUGGAGGAGCCGUGGCAGUGUAAGCGCCGACGGCAUCGAUAAUCGUGACUUCCAGCUAGUCUCAUGGGGCGAAGACAAUGAGUUGCGACUCCACAAGGUCGAGCCCGAGCUUCUGGAAUCCGUUGGUUAUGCAAAGGGAACGCCGGUGAUGAAGAACCUUAUUCUCACCCGAAAAGGUGCCACUUACAAGACCUUCCGUACCGUUGACGAUACUGUCCAUCGCGACCGAAGGAAUGCGACCAUGAGCGACCGGCCCGGCAGCGGCGAGCAUUUCCGCCAGAGUCCCCUCACACCUGGUCUAAACAGCAACCUCCGUCGUGUCGGUCCGUCUUGGAGGGCCACGUCGAUGAAGGCGAAGACGAAUACAAGCAGGCAUAUGGAUAAGACCCAGCUCCAGAUCGGCUGGAUGCGGGGAAUCACCAUGUCGAAAAAGAAGUCGACCUCAGGCGCGCCGGGUCGGGUCGGUCCGGAAGACCCGGGUCUGUUCAGCCCUGGCUACGGUGGCGGAUGGGGCGAGCCCGAGCCUAUCCAGGAUGAAUUGCUGCGUAUCAGUAACCAGCUUCCCAACGUAAAGUGGGAAAACAUCGACAUGGAUUCCCUCACGCUGAACGCUUCCCUGAAAGGGCCAUGGGGCGUUGACCGCGAUACGAUCUUCAUCAAAGUCAAGGCGGACAUUCCUACCGGUUACCCCAAGAACAAGGCCCCGAGGUUCUAUGUCGAGAAGUCUUCGUUCAUGCCAGAGGAGACGCACACGAAGAUCGAGCAGGAGCUGCAGGAGCUUGCAACCCGCUUCUUGCAGCGGAAGCAGAACUGCCUCUACCAGGCAUUUACAUAUCUGCUUGGCGAGGCUGAUCUGGAGUCCAGUACUACUUUCUUCAGGAACGUGCGAGAUCUGGAUGAUGACAUGGACGCACUGGCUGAUGAAAGCUCCAGCGAAGAGGAUGAGGACGAGAUCCCUACUGGCGGCUCCGCAUCCAUGUCGCAAGAGCUCAGCGCCAGCACUGAACUGGACCCUUCGGCCACACUGGUUUCCGCCCAACGACAGGCCGCCACUCCAUUGCCCUUCUUCUGCGGGGCCCGGUUCUCCAACGAUGGCAGGCUGGUGUGCUUCUUCCCGACAAAAGAGGAAAAGGCAAAGGCACUGUUCGGCCUUCCCCACCCAGAGUCGCAUAAGGAGCGGCCGAAAGGGGAACCUACCUUUGCGGGCUUCGGGCGUCUAACCCACGACUCACCCCCUCCCAGACAUCGGCUCUACGAUGAGACGUCUGCAACAGAGGACCAGUCGGAUGAAUCCGAGGACUCAGACUCCACGUCAUCCACGGACUCCGAACACACAACUGUGCACAAAGUCAACCUAUGGUACCAUCCGGCGCACCGUUUCCGGAAGACCUGGAGCACCAACGAGUCUAUACGGUCCAGCGGGGGAGGGACCGGAACUGGUCCUGGCACGGGGACUGGCACCGGAGCGAGCCGGAAGAGAGCCGGCAAACCGAAAAACAUCAUCACCAUCCACGACCUGCAAAGCGAACUGCCGUCAAAGAAGCAGUUUGCUCAGGAAUAUGCCAUCUUCGGCGACGGGGGCGAUGUGUGCACCCACAACGCGUCGGUUGCAGAGAAGUACGGAGAGGAAGACCUUAUGCAUGUCUGGAAGUAUGCUGCUCUUCUCCUUCGGAGAGACAUCCCCCUGGAGAUUCACGGCCUCCAAAACACAGGACAGUCGGUGCUUGUCAUCGCCAAGGACGCUGUUACUCGUGCCAGCAGUGGGGAUGGGGAUGGGGAGGGAAACCAAGCCACCACCCCGCUCGCCGGGCGAGUCAAAUGGGGCUAUCACCCCCUAGCCCGGGAGCUGAUCAAUGACCUGUUCGACUAUUACGAGAAGAUCGCCGAUAUCCAGAUGUUAGCGAUGCUGGCAUGCAUCUUUGGGGAUUACUCCAUCGAAGAGGAGACAGCCAUCGCAGCAUCGCAUCUUCCCCAACCGAAAACGCCCCUGCCGAUGAAAGCACCUUCAUUCUCGCUCGAGUACUUUCCUACGGAUCCUGCACUCUGGAACUUGAACCAGAAGAGCCAAGCCAGUUCGGCCAUGACGACUCCCGGGACCGCCAAUACCCCGGCCAUCUACUCGGGCCCGCCCAGCUCAGACGAAAUCCCUAGUUCGGCCGAGCCGAGGUCACACUCUUACUCAUGCGGAGAAACACCGCCAAAUGCCGCUCGAGAGCAGAUCCGGACCCUCGGUCAGACUCAGAGUCUGUCUACUUCACCCAGCAAUCGGCUGUUCCACCGCUCCAACUCGACCGUUGCCGCCGCAAUCGCCGCCAGCCUCCCGCGAGCGCUUGCCGGCAUCGUCUCCGGGUCGCCGCCUGAGCCUAUCCGAAAGCGGCCGAGCCCCGCUGAGACCACGCUGAGCAAUCUCCUUCCUCAGGCGGCUGCUUGGGCGAGCUCGACCUUGUCCGGCGCUGGUCCGGACACCCCCGGAACGUCGCGGACAUCCUUCUCGGAUGACUAUGACUGGAAGGACGAUCUGUUUGCCAUGGUUCCAGUCUCGGUAUCCUGCAUUCCGGAAAACCAAGGCCUCUUCGACGACGACGGCUGGAUUUCCACCCCGCUAAUCGACUGCAGUCGCUAUCAGAUGUACUCCAACUAUCGCUACGCAUACGCCGAGAUUCUUCAAAUGUGGGGUCAGCCCCUAUCCCGCCUCGAGAUCAUGAAAUUCGACGUCCUCAGAGAAGAUAAGCUUGCGUCCAUGACAGAAAAGACUAAAACCCGCGUCCCGAACAAUUCCCCGCCGUUCUAUGGCGCCGGGGCCGCAUCGCCGACCUCCCCUUUCGCCGAUCGUCGACAAUACCUUCAAGAACUACUCUCUUCGGGCCGCGGCGUAGAUGUGACGGGAUUCUGCCGCAUCCACGAGGGCGUCCCUCUCGAGCCGGCCGAGUACAUUCGCCCAGCACACACCCCGCCCGACGGAAGCGACAUCCACACGCCCGUGGUGAACGGCGCAGUCGGCGUCUGCCACCGCUGCACGGCUGAGCGCGAGUACAACGACCUCGUCCCCCAGACGAGGAUAGACUGUGUCUACUGCUGGCAGCCCGUCAUCGGCCUGUACUCGCCCUGCCUGGCGUGCGGGUGCAUCGCGCACGACGCGUGCAUGACCGAGUGGCAUGUCAUGGGCGGCACCGAGUGUCCCCUUGGACACGAGUGUCAGUGCGUUGAGGAGGCGAGCAGCGCAUCACGGGGUACUUGGGCGGGCCUGAGGGCGGCGGUGUGGCUCGCUGGCGACGGCGACGGCGGUGGCGGUGAUACCGAACGGGAGAGGGCCGGGUCUGCGGGGGGCCGAGAAGGAGACAGCAGCACUACCCGGUCCACCAGGUCGACGCCGGCGAGGUCACGGCGCAAGUCGGCACCGGCGGACGCUGCAAAGUUCGGCCAUAUGCUUCGCAGGACGUACACGAACGACAUAUCCUCCUCCAGGUCUGGGACAGAGGGCGGCCACGGUACUGAGACUUCUCUGACCACCAGCCGACCGGGCAGCUCGUCCACCCGGAGGAGAGGGCAGGAUGACGGAGCUCUCGACAGCCCAACGGACCGCGAGAGUAGUGUGGCGCCGUCCGGUCAUCGUGGCAUCCCGUUUGUCUCGGCCGCCGGAAUGGGCAUGGGUAUGGCCGGCGGACUGCUUGCGGGUGUGAAACCGCCCCCGAGAGGAGAGGAGCCGAUUUCGGCGGCGCAACUGAGCUUGGGGAAGAGGCUGAAGAAGCAACUUGAAGAGUCUGGAAGACCGGGAGUGGCAAGGAGGAAUUCAGGCGGGUUGGCGAUGUGGAGCAAGUCGCAUAAUGGUAGUGGUGUGUAAUGUGAAUGUAAAUGUAGCACAGAGAUGAUGUGUAUGGUGCUUGUACCCCCUCCUGCACUGUACACACUACCCCAUAUAUUUAUUUGCCUUGGCUUGAGGCGGUUAUAGUGUUGGGAAAAGCAGGGACCCUUUUCACCUACUCUGCUUAUUUACAGUUUGCGGGAAUGCAUUUAACAUGUGAUACCAUGUUGCCCAUUGAUCGGGUAUAGUACUGGUAAUGUCGAAGGGAUGAGGUCCUGGUAAGAACAGACGGAAAUGGGCUAACGGUUGUCUUUACCAUUAACAAUAUCGAAGCCAGGGAGCGAGUGCAGAAACAUCAUCUGUCCAACUCAUUACAUCUUCAUACUUCCUCGUUGAUCGUAUUGGCUAUACACUUUGACCUACAUUCCGCCCUCACAGCCGAGCUGAGUCUGACAUCGAGC